AUGCCGUUCAUUAUAAGGGGAAGACCCCUGAGGGGGGCACAGAAUGCCGGCAACAGAAGGACCACUCCCUCCACUGACGCCUCAGCACCCUGGUCAGAAAGCCAAACUCGUCUGCACCAGCUCCAUCCACCCGAACCCCUGCAGGCUCCGGCCAGCACCGGCAAGCCCGUCGGUUCCUCCUAUGGCCUCCUCGGGGCCAACAGCGGUCCUCCGGGCCCUGGUGGCCCCGGCUCCGGUGUCAGCCCGGUCCUUGCUUGGCAUGCCGCCAUCAGCGCCGCUCGCCAGGCACAGGGCGACACUGCAAAGCCCGACAUGAGCUCACGGCCCUCGGUUUGCACCACUGGAGUAGCUCCCGCGGGCUCACUGGCUCAGAGGAAGAGGCAGCAGUACGCCAAGAGCAAAAAGCAAGGAGGAUCCACCAACAGCAGGCCGCCCAGAGCUCUGUUCUGCCUCACUCUCAACAACCCGAUCCGCAGGGCCUGCAUCAGCCUGGUGGAGUGGAAACCGUUUGAUAUCUUCAUACUGCUGUCUAUUUUUGCCAACUGUGUGGCCUUAGCCAUCUACAUCCCUUUUCCUGGAGACGACUCCAAUUCUACCAACCAAGAACUGGAAACAGUAGAAUAUGCCUUCCUGAUCAUUUUCACGAUAGAGACAUUUCUGAAGAUUAUUGCCUACGGCCUGGUCAUGCACCAGAACUCCUACGUCAGAAACGGCUGGAACAUGCUGGACUUUGUCAUCGUCAUAGUGGGGUUGUUCAGCGUGGUUCUGGAGAUGAUAACCAAAGACGCUGACUCUGGCGGCCAGUCUGGAGGCAAACCCGGGAGCUUCGACGUCAAGGCCCUCCGAGCCUUUCGCGUGCUACGACCCCUUCGCCUCGUCUCUGGAGUUCCCAGUUUACAGGUGGUUUUAAAUUCCAUUAUUAAAGCCAUGGUCCCUCUGCUUCACAUCGCCCUGCUGGUCCUCUUCGUGAUCAUCAUCUACGCCAUCAUCGGUCUGGAGCUCUUCAUUGGCAAAAUGCACGCCACAUGCUAUUUGAUACAAACGGGUGCUCUCGCAGAAGAAGAGCCAACGCCGUGUGCAGCGUCGGGUCACGGCCGACACUGUCUCAACGGUACAGUCUGCAGAGAGGGCUGGCAAGGCCCCAACAACGGCAUCACCAACUUUGACAACUUCUUGUUCGCCAUGCUCACUGUGUUCCAGUGCAUCACCAUGGAGGGCUGGACCGAAGUUCUCUACUGGAUGAACGACGCGAUGGGCUUCGAGCUGCCGUGGGUUUACUUUGUCAGUCUGGUCAUCUUUGGAUCUUUCUUUGUUCUCAACCUGGUUUUGGGUGUGUUGAGCGGAGAGUUCUCCAAAGAGCGAGAGAAGGCCAAAGCUCGCGGCGAUUUCCAGAAGCUGCGUGAGAAGCAGCAGUUAGAAGAAGACCUGAAGGGCUACCUGGACUGGAUCACUCAGGCCGAGGACAUCGACCCCGAGAACGAGGAGGAGGGGGACGAGGAGGGCAAACGCAACCGGGUCACGCUGGCUGACCUCACUGAGAAGAAGAAAGGAAAGUUUGGCUGGUUCACUCAGUCCACAGAGACCCAGGCGAGCAUGCCCAGUGAGACCGAAUCGGUGAACACAGACAAUCACAACGGAGAGGACGAUAAAUCUCCCUGCUGCGGACCGCUGUGUCAAAAAAUUACUAAGUCAAAGUGCAGUCGGCAGUGGCGACGGUGGAACCGCUUCUGCCGCAGGAAGUGUCGCGCAGCCGUGAAAUCUGUGACGUUUUAUUGGCUGGUCAUCAUUUUGGUGUUUCUCAACACUCUCACCAUCGCCUCUGAACACUACAACCAACCAGACUGGCUGACUGAAGUUCAGGACGCGGCCAACAAAGUUCUCCUGGCCUUGUUCACGCUGGAGAUGCUGGUGAAGAUGUACAGUCUGGGGCUGCAGGCCUACUUCGUGUCCCUGUUCAACCGCUUCGACUGUUUCGUGGUGUGUGGAGGCAUCGUGGAGACCAUCCUGGUGGAGCUGGCCAUCAUGUCUCCUCUGGGCAUCUCCGUGUUCCGCUGCGUACGACUCCUCAGGAUCUUCAAGGUUACACGUCACUGGGCCUCUCUCAGCAACCUGGUGGCGUCUCUGCUCAACUCCAUGAAGUCCAUCGCCUCGCUGUUGCUGCUGCUCUUCCUCUUCAUCAUUAUUUUCUCGCUGCUCGGCAUGCAGCUCUUCGGGGGAAAGUUCAACUUUGACGAAACCGUGACCAAAAGGAGCACGUUUGAUAACUUCCCCCAGGCUCUGCUCACGGUGUUCCAGAUUUUAACGGGAGAAGACUGGAACACAGUGAUGUAUGACGGGAUCAUGGCGUAUGGAGGUCCGGCCUCCUCUGGCAUGGUGGUGUGCAUUUACUUCAUCAUCCUCUUCAUCUGCGGAAACUACAUCCUGCUGAACGUCUUCUUGGCCAUCGCCGUCGACAACCUGGCAGACGCAGAGAGCCUCAACACAGCACAGAAGGAGGAAGAGGAGGCCAAGAAGAGGAAGAACAGCGCCAAGGACACGGGCACAGAAAAGAAGAGAGUUGAAAUAACAGAAGCCAAAGAUGGCGAGACAAAGGUGCCAGCUGAGGUCUUGCAGGAGGAAGACAAAGAGUUGUAUCCUGUGAUCGACUCUCCAGUGUGUGACGAUGAUGAAGAUAAUGACGACCUCCCAGAAGUCCCCUCUGGGCCUCGGCCUCAGCGGCUUUCUGAGCUCACCAUCAAGGAAAAGACGCCGCCGAUCCCCGAAGGCAGCGCCUUCUUCAUCUUCAGCAGCACCAACCCGUUUCGUGUGUUCUGCCAUAAGCUGAUCAACCACCAGAUCUUCACCAACCUCAUCCUGGUCUUCAUCAUGCUCAGCUCCGUGUCUCUGGCUGCUGAGGAUCCCAUACGCAACUUCUCCGCUCGAAAUAUCAUACUUGGUUAUUUUGACUAUGCUUUCACCGCAAUCUUUACUGUUGAGAUCCUGUUGAAGAUGACAGCAUUUGGAGCUUUCCUGCACAAAGGAGCUUUCUGUAGAAACUACUUCAACCUAUUAGACCUGCUGGUCGUCGGUGUGUCUCUGGUGUCCUUCGGCAUUGAGUCGUCUGCUAUCUCGGUGGUGAAGAUUCUUCGUGUUUUGCGAGUUCUGCGUCCUCUCAGGGCCAUAAACAGAGCCAAGGGCCUCAAGCACGUGGUCCAGUGUGUGUUUGUGGCCAUCAGGACCAUUGGCAACAUCAUGAUCGUCACCACACUGCUUCAGUUCAUGUUCGCUUGUAUUGGAGUGCAGCUCUUCAAGGGUAAAUUUUACAGAUGCACAGAUGAUGCAAAGUCCAGCCCAGACGAGUGCAAAGGUACAUACAUUCUCUACAACAACGGCGACACGGCGCUGCCCAUGGUGAAGGAGAGGAUUUGGUACAACAGCGACUUCAACUUUGACAACGUCCUCAUGGCCAUGAUGGCUCUUUUUACCGUGUCCACCUUUGAGGGAUGGCCCACUUUGCUCUACAAGGCCAUCGACUCUAACAGGGAGAACCUGGGCCCCAUCUACAACUACCGCAUCGAGAUCUCCAUCUUCUUCAUCAUCUACAUCAUCAUCAUCGCUUUCUUCAUGAUGAACAUCUUCGUCGGUUUCGUCAUCGUUACCUUCCAGGAGCAGGGGGAGAAGGAGUACAAGAACUGCGAGCUGGACAAGAACCAGCGUCAGUGUGUUGAGUACGCUCUGAAAGCUCGUCCUCUGCGGCGCUACAUUCCCAAAAACCCCUACCAGUACAAGUUCUGGUAUGUGGUCAACUCCACCGGCUUUGAGUACGUCAUGUUUGUCCUGAUCAUCCUCAACACCUUGUGUCUGGCCAUUCAGGCUUUUGGUUUCAAGUCGGCAGCCAUUCCUGUUGUCAAGGUGAUAGUGGAGCCAGGGAACACAGAGGACAGCGCUCGCAUCUCCAUCACCUUCUUCCGCCUCUUCAGGGUGAUGCGAUUGGUCAAACUGCUGAGCCGAGGGGAGGGAAUCAGGACUCUGCUGUGGACCUUCAUCAAGUCCUUCCAGGCUCUUCCCUAUGUUGCCCUCCUGAUAGCCAUGCUCUUCUUCAUCUAUGCUGUGAUUGGAAUGCAGGUGUUUGGGAAAAUAGCAAUGGUGGAUGGAACACAAAUCAACCGUAACAACAACUUUCAAACCUUUCCCCAAGCUGUCCUCAUGCUCUUCAGAUGUGCCACAGGGGAGGCCUGGCAGGAGAUCAUGCUGGCCUGUCUGCCAGGGAAACUGUGUGAUUCAGAGUCGGACUACAACCCCGGAGAGGAGAGAACCUGCGGAAGCGGCUUCGCUAUUAUCUACUUCAUCAGCUUCUACAUGCUCUGUGCUUUCCUGAUCAUCAACCUGUUUGUAGCGGUCAUCAUGGAUAACUUUGACUAUCUGACACGUGAUUGGUCCAUUCUCGGGCCACAUCACCUGGAUGAGUUUAAGAGGAUCUGGUCAGAAUACGACCCUGAAGCCAAGGGGAGGAUAAAGCAUCUUGAUGUGGUAACUCUGCUGAGGAGGAUCCAACCUCCGCUGGGCUUCGGCAAACUCUGCCCUCACAGAGUGGCCUGCAAGCGUCUGGUGGCGAUGAACAUGCCCCUGAACAGCGACGGGACCGUAAUGUUUAACGCCACUUUGUUCGCUCUGGUGCGAACUGCUCUCAAGAUUAAGACUGAAGGUAACCUGGAACAAGCCAACGAGGAGCUUCGAGCUGUGAUCAAGAAGAUCUGGAAGAGGACCAGCAUGAAGCUGCUGGACCAAGUGGUGCCCCCUGCUGGUGAUGACGAGGUAACAGUGGGGAAGUUCUAUGCCACCUUCCUGAUACAGGACUACUUCAGAAAGUUCAAGAGGCGCAAAGAGCAAGGUCUUGUGGGAAGGCGCUCCUGGGAGAGGCUCAACACCACCUUGGCUCUACAGGCGGGCCUCCGCACGCUGCAUGACAUCGGACCAGAGAUCCGUCGAGCCAUAUCAUGUGACCUACAGGAGGAGGGACUAGUGGAUGCAAAUGGAGAGGAAGAGGAGGAAAUCUACAGGCGUAAUGGCGGCCUCUUUGGGAACCACGUCAACCAUUUCAGCGGGGAUCAGCAGGGUUCCUCCCACCCGACCACCGUCACCCAGCGGCCGCUACAGAUCCUUCCCUUCUCCUGCAGCGCCUCCGUGGAACCCGUCCAAACUGGCCGGAGAGGCAGCAACAGCGACAGGGAAGGAGAGACGGAGAUGAACUCUUCCCCCGUCCAGUACAAUCAUCAUCAUCAUCCCUCCCCUCACCUGUACGAUUACCCCCACUGUAACUCCACCUGCCACCAGUCACCGAUACCCUCCAACGCCAACCUUAACAACGCCAACGUGCCCUCGCUUCUAUCCAUGACCAUCGGGAGGCAGCAGAAGUGUCUGUUGAGACGAAGUCGCCCGUCCUCCACCAAAAAUCCAUCAUCAGCAACGUCUUUCAGCAAAGGCGUGAACGACAAGCUGUGGAAGUCCCACUCCAUCAGGACUCGCUACUAUGAGGCCUAUAUUAGGUCAGAGAGUGGAGGAGGGCUUUACCCCACCAUUCGUCGAGAGGAGCCGGGGGCCGGAGACAGCGAUGACGAGCGAGGAUCAGGAGAAUAUUACAGCGGGGAGGAGUUUCAUGAAGACGACAUCAUGCUCACAAAGGACAGGUUGCCCAACAAGGACUGCCACGAUGGUGCAGAGGCAGAUUUUGACCUCGAAGUUUCCGGGGGCGACCGUCAGACUGAUAGUUACUAUGACGACGACCAACAGCCCAUCUACCAGGACGGCAGGCGGUCGCCCAGGAGAUGGUUUUUACCCUCACCUCAAGCCUCCACUAGACCAACAUUUAAUUUUGAGUGUCUUCGAAGAAAAAGUAGCCAAGACGACGCUCCUCCUUCCCCAUCAUGCACAGCUCUUCCACUACACUUGGUGCAGCAACAGGUCAUGGCAGUGGCCGGACUCGACGCGAGCAGAAUCCACCGGCUGUCUCCGACGAGGUCGCUGCGCUCCUGGGCGACGCCUCCGGCCUCCCCCAUCAGCCGGGACUGCUCGCCCUGCUACACCCCUCUCAUACAGGUGGACUGGCGCAGUCCCGGCAGCGUUGGCAGCAUCCCCGGGGCGGUGAAGAGGAGUUCGUGGUAUACCGAAGGCCCAGACGGUCCUCCCAGCCGCAGCCAGUCCCCGUCACGUCUGCAGUUACCUGCAGAAAGCUGCUUGCGCUUCCUGCAGAAGAGAGGCAGCGCCCACAGUCUGGUGGAAGCUGUGCUGAUAUCUGAGGGUUUGGGGAAAUACGCCAGAGACCCCAAGUUCGUGUCAGCGACCAAACACGAGAUCGCAGACGCCUGCGAGAUGACCAUCGACGAAAUGGAGAGUGCUGCCAGCAACCUGCUAAACGGGAGCGUGAGCAACGGCAACACCGGGGGAACCGGCAGCGUCAGCAGCACGGACCCUCAUGCCAACUCGCAGCUUAGGGACCACAGUAUCCGCGACUACAGCGACGAGGAGCCGUACGUGGCUGUGAAAUGCGAGGAGGACCUAACAGACGAGAUGAUAUGCAUCACCUCCCUAUAG